CUAGGGAAGACACACAUCACAUGUAUGUAUCCUAGAUUAUGCUAAUUGACUAUGUGGCAAUUAAUUUGGAAUCCUGGCUUUAUAGUUUUUUCGCAUGAAAUAUAUGUUUUAUAUUUGUAAUAACCUAACACCUUCAGCAUAGUACGAGGGGCAGGCUUGUCCCUAACGACCCACCGGAGACCAUGUUAGCGCGAGAUGAAGAUGUCGCCCAGCUCUAUUUGAAUGUUGGGGGCGAUGCUGUUUGUCUCCCUUGGGAGAACUUUUUAGAUAGGAGAGGCCAUCAUGGGGACCUUUUGAAGAGGCUUGCUCCACCUGUACGCUACGUACAGCCGGAGGAGGAGAUCGACCCCGAGGACAUUCCCUAUGCUGACAGGGUUAUCCGCUAUGAGAACUCGGAUGGGGAGCAGGUGGAGGUGACCGUUCCUGUAGCUUCUCCUCCACAUCGGAGGUCGUAUGAUGCUGUACCGGAGCAUUACGCAGCUGCGCCUCGGGCGAGAGUGCGUCGCUGGAUGCUUGUAAUUGAUUCCUUGAAGAGGCAGUGCGCCAAGGUAACCCAUAAGCUUACUGGCCGGGACAGAGAGGAGUGUCGUCGAGGUCGCAGAGGUUCCGUUGACAGGGAGCCCUAGGUGGAGACUUCAGUAGGGCAGGCGGGACCAAGCUUAGGUCCUGGUACUAGUACUCAUGAGAGGCAUUCUGAUGUUGACAGGGGAGAUGUUCCCUUUGUAUAUGUUGACCCCACCAGGCAUUCUUUCGGAGGUUAGGGCAGCUCUCAGCCUUGGAGUGCUGAUUCUUGGGCUUAUUGGUAUGAGAUGGAGCGGAUGCGACAUUGUAAUACCUCGUAUUUUUAUAAUAUUUAUAAGUAUAUUUUAUUAUAUUUAUAAAGCAUUU